AUGCUUUUGUACUGAGAGAGAGUCGAAUCGAAUCCAUUUUGCCUUCUAAAUGUUAGUAGGCGUGAUGCUCUGCUACCGAUUAGUUCUGUCUGUCUGUUCGAUGUGAUCAGGGAUCGACGCAUGCGUCUACAUUUCGAAGUCUCGCGCCAAACUCUGUGUUGACGUUUUGGUUUAGCCCGAUUACUGCUUUUGGCUUUUUUCUUUGUUUUGUUUUCAUUUAACUGUCGCUAAUGGACACACAGUCCUACAUGCCUGUUCCUCCGGGGGUCGGGAUGGAGGAGAACUACUUCUCCCUGGACGACAUUUUGCUGUCGCACGAGCGGCUGCCCUGUAGAAGCGACACAGCGUUCCCCAAACUCGGGUUCCUGGAGAAAUCUGGAGAAACACACGAUAUUCCAGAGGGUACUAAGUUGGAAAUGCCUCUGUGGUUGGCGAAGGGUCUGUAUGAGAGGAAGAGGCACGUGAUCUCAGUGGACCUGCCGAAAGUGUACCGUGAGGGAUGGAGGACGGUGUUUGGUGCCGACGCCAACGUGGUGGAUCUUCACAAGAUGGGUCCUUAUUACUACGGCCUGGGCUCGCAGAUGCUGCACUUUGAGAAUGCGGAGAACACAGAGAUCGCACAGUCUAUCCUACAGACAUUUAUCGGCCGCUUCCGUCGCACCAUGGACUCAUCUCAGAAUGCCUACAACGAAGACACGUCUUUGCUUCUGGAGCGACUGGACUGCCUGGAGAGGGCGCUGUUCCGCUCAGGCCAGAACGGCCUUAACGCCUUCCAGCUGUGGGAGAGAGGAAGAGCGUCACAGCUCACCGCCUCCAGCCUGGUUACUAACUACCGCAAAAGGAAGAUCACUGAGCUGCAGUCCUGAGCAGUCGAGCACAGAGCAGAGCGAGGGUUAGAUGUACGUGUGUGAGAGAGGAGAGAGGUACAGGUAGGCUGAGCAGCAGAGCACAGAGACACUGAUCAGAGAAACUGUGUGUGAGAGAGAAUAUAUGAAUGUUAUAUCUUCAGUGCAGUUCAAAUUACUUUUAAUAAAGGUAAGCCUUUGUUUUGUAAUGAUGGGUGGCUUGAAUAUUGUGCAGUUUUUGUCUUUGACUCAACAAAAAACACUAAUUUCUUAUGAGGAUGUAAAAAAUACAGCAACAACAAACAAACACAAAAAACAGCAGAAUUACUAAAUACAGCCCAAAUAUUUCAAUAUAGAAUCUUAAGGUUUUCCUUUAAGUAAGAUACAUGGCCUUCAUUUUGGUCAGUCUCUGUAAAAAAAAAAAGUUUUAAUAUUUAAUUUGGUGUCUAUUCUAACCAAAUCUUUCAUACACUGAAUAUUUCAAGGUGUUCAUCAUAAUGUCCUGAAAUAAGAGCUGCAUCGUUUGUCCAGCAGAGGGUGUGUGUAGUGUGUAGUGUGUAACUGUGUUUAUGCUCUUGUGCAGAAGACCAAAGUUAAAUGUCAUUUAGACACUAAAUACACAGAGGCAUGUGUGUGUCAGCAGUAACUUAUACACAGAGUGUUUGUGUUUGUUCAUUUGGGCACUAGUGACCUUUCAGCAGGGUCGUCUGAGGUUUGUGUAUUAAAGGUGACAUUCAGAUAUUGCCAGUGUUACCAGAUUUGGAAGGGAACUGUUUACAUGCCCAAAUUUUCAUUUGCUUCAAUAAACCAAACAAAUUUCCACAUCCUUCUUUCUCUCGGACAAUACAAGCAUUAAACAGUCCCUGGGAAUUAAACAGAUGUGUGACAGGGAGGUCAGCGCUGUGAUUUCUGUUAUGGAGGUUAUCGACGUUAGCCUCUGGCUUAUUGAUCACACAAUCACUGCAGUCUGUCUGAACCACCACGCUUUGUUAGACCAAGCAGAUUUUAUUGACUUUUACAGAAAAAAAUGUUCAAUUAAAGAGAGGGCUGUUCAGUGUCCCAGUUCUUCUGUUAUGUCACGAGUUAAUUUGAUGUUCUGCUAUGUAAUUUGUUAAGCCAUGCUGCUUGUAUAAUGCUUGUAAGGCAAAGUGGGGUAUGGGGACCGUCAGGGGCGUGGAAAGCGUAGCUGAAGGUUUGGUGAAUUUAACAUGAAUCAAAACAGUUUUAUUUAUUCUGCAGUUCUUCAUCGAUUAGCCGAAUUGACUGGUUGCUUGAAUUGAAUGGGUUUAGUGCAGGCUUAUGUAACAAGUGUCCGAUAAAUAAUCUCAACCUCAGCGGGAAGGUCGUGAAUAAAAAGCUCUACAGACAACAUCUUAUUCUACACAACAGAGUAGUUGUUGUCUUUCUGUGUCAACACAAAAGAUCAGCCGAUCCACAGAAUUGGACUGCCCUUCCUGACUCAAUCCUCCCAUUUUAUUCAGGCUUGGGACCGGCACUGGGAGUUGACCCUUCAGUGGCUGGGUUGGGAAUCGAACCCGAGCCGCAGCAGUACUCUGUCGCUGGAUCACCGGGAACAUAUUGUACACAAUAAAGUA